AUGGAAGUAAAUCUAGAAAAAAACUAUAUACCAAACUUUUUUCCUCACACCCACCAACCGAUCAAGCUGGAUUUAUUCUACCAAAACCUCCCUGUUCUUGUGACCAACCUUUAUUUGGGUGUCAUUUUUAACCGUAAACUGACAUGGGAAGAGCACGUUACAAAUACAUUGGAAAGAACUACUAAGAGACUUACUUUACUGAAAAGAAUUACUGGCUCUAAGUGGGGAUGCUGCAGAACAACCCUUGACCUGACCUAUAAUUUCUAUAUUUUGCCACUUAUUACUUACAAUUCCGAAACUUUGGUGGCAGCUAGCAAGGAAGUUACUGAUAACUUGGAAAAAUUCUAUUCCCAAUCCCGCCGUCUCAUCACGAGUGCUAUUAAGACAACUCUGAUUGAUGAGCUUUUGAUAUCUACCCAACAUAUGAGUGUUAAAUCAGUAAUCGAAGAGAAGGCACCAAUUUUAUGGAAAAAGAUCUCAAGACUACCAGCUUGUUUUCUCCUGUGGAAUAGCCCUUUGAACCUUAAAACCCAGUAUGGUUUCCUUCAGAGAGUUUUUGACAUGAGAGAACAAUUAGGAUUGAACUGGGAGAUGGAAAAUCUCAUCAAGUCACAAUAUCCAAUUGAAAGAGGGAAGUGGAUGGUUGGGAUAAACCUAUCAAGUGAGGUGUCUAAGAAAGAAAAAAAUGACUUAAUUCUAAAUGGUGUAGAUCUGGAGACUAUCCAUGAAUAG